UAUAAAUAAUGACAUUUCUUGCAUUAGUUUUAAAAUAAUUUGUACGUUUUUCUUUUCUUUUCUUUUCAUUUCUUUUCUAGUAUCAAAUAUCAAAAUAAAAUUAUGAUUUUCAGUAAUAAAGCUUAUGUUAUAGUUGUGUUUUUAUUAUCACAAUGUUUAGCCACAUUUGUGAAUACGGCUGACUUUUAUGAUUCUAAUAAUCCAAAAAUUUCAAUCGAACUUAAAGAGAAGGUUGAAAAUAAAUCAGUCUUUUUAGUGAACAGAGAUCAAGAAAUAAUCAAUUUAGCUUUUGAUGAUCAAAAAGAAUUAAAAGAAUCAGAAUUCUGGAAAAAAAUUGUGAAAAAGAAAGAUGUGGAUGUUGCAAGUAACACAUAUAUUCAUUUGAUCAAAGAAGAUGUUAUUUACUUGUUUGCUGAUUCAGAAAGGUUGCCAGACAAAACUAAGCGAGCUUGGGAUUGGGGUUGGGGGAAACCUAAACAUAGAACUGUUGAAAUGGUUGCACUUAAGUCAGGAGAAGUUCAAGAAGCAGUUGUGACUAAUAUUCCUGUCAGUCCCUGUAUUUCUAACGAACUUUCAAGUUCAGAGUCUACAUUUGAACAGUCAUAUAAAUGGAAUGCUAAAAUCUCACUUUCUCUUCAAGCAAAAGUUGAAGUUGACUUCAUGGCGUAUAUUGCAGCAGCAACUGCAGAAGUAUCUGGAUCCUUAUCUUUAGCCAGUACCGGAUCUGUCAAAUGUACCAUUGCUCCUGGUGGUAAAAUUCAAGUAUUUGGUGACUUGAGUUAUGCUUUUUUCCCUGAAGCUAGAGUAAAUAGCUUACAAUUUCGUGAAGGUGCUUUCAAAUAUGUUAAAGAUACUUGGGAAGUGGUUAGUGAAACUGGAGGAAAUUUAAAGAACUAUGGAAUUGUUUUGUUUAAUUUGAAUACUCCUCCCACAUAUUCUUGUGUUGACAAUACAGAUGUUGAAAUUAAGUUGAAAUGUGCACCUAAAGAAUAUUUUGAUAUAAAUUCUGAUAAUCCAACAGAUCCAUUAGAACAAAAUGGACCAAGAAGUUGAAAAAGGAUAUAACUCAUUAUAUAAAUUCUAUUACUUUACUAUUUUUAAAAUUUAUUUUAAUAAAGAAAAAUAUUUAUUUUUAAUAUUUUAAAUGGAUAUACAAUCUAUUAGUAGAGAAGAAAA